AGAACACACGGCGCUGUCUCUGCAGAUGAGCGCACAGAAACUCCUGGAGCGGAACGAGACAUCGAGCUUCAACUCACACAAGCCCACACACACUCCCACAACUCCCUGGGAUAGGGUUAAGGUUCUGCUGCAGCUACAACCCGGAUUCACACCUGCAGCAACCGCUCCGGAUUCACACCUGCAGCGACCGCUCCGGAUUCAAACCUGCCCCGAAGUGGCGUGACACCGGGUGCGCGGAGAGGAGACCCGGGUACGAAAGAGUCCCGAAGUGGAGUGAGACCGGAUCCCUGGAGAGGAGACCCGAGUUCGAAAGGGUUCCGAAGUGGAGUGAACCGGGUCCACAGAGAGGAGACCCGGGUUCGAGGGAGAGGAGCCCCGGGUCCGACGGGUCAGACCCCGCCGCUCUCCGCUCUGGAUGUGAGGAGCGAUGCUCGGUCAGGAUGCGUUCCAACACUCGCGUCGUGCUGCUGCUCUGCUGUCUGGUGCUGCGGGAGAGCAGGUCGGGGGUGUGUAAGGAGUUGAAGUUCCCGGCACGGACCCCUAAGCCCCCGUCUCCGUCAGAUUUCCUGGACAAGCUGAUGGGCCGGACCUCCGGCUACGACGCGCGCAUCAGACCCAACUUCAAAGGCCCCCCGGUGAAUGUGACGUGUAACCUCUUCAUCAACAGCUUCGGCUCCAUCACGGAGACCACCAUGGACUACCGGUUGAACGUGUUUCUCCGGCAGCAGUGGAACGACCCGCGGCUGGCCUACAAGGAGUACCCCGAUGACUCCCUGGACCUGGACCCCUCCAUGCUGGACUCCAUCUGGAAGCCCGACCUCUUCUUCGCCAACGAGAAGGGCGCCAGCUUCCACGAGGUCACCACCGACAACAAGCUGCUGAGGAUCUUCCAGAACGGGAACGUCCUCUACAGCAUCAGGCUCACGCUCAUCCUCUCGUGCCCCAUGGAUCUGAAGAACUUCCCCAUGGACAGCCAAGUCUGCACCAUGCAGCUGGAGAGCUUCGGCUACACCAUGAACGACCUGGUCUUUGACUGGCUGGACAUCGGACCGGUGCAGGUCGCAGACGACCUCAUGCUCCCUCAGUUUGUGUUGAAGGAGGAGAAGGGCCAUGGGUACUGCACCAAGCACUACAACACAGGUAUGUUCACCUGCAUCGAGGUGAAGUUCUACCUGGAGCGGCAGAUGGGCUACUACCUGAUCCAGAUGUACAUCCCCUCGCUGCUCACCGUCAUCCUGUCCUGGGUGUCCUUCUGGAUCAACAUGGACGCCGCGCCCGCCCGCGUGGGCCUGGGCAUCACCACCGUGCUCACCAUGACCACCCAGAGCUCGGGGUCCCGCGCCUCGCUGCCCAAGGUGUCCUACGUGAAGGCCAUCGACAUCUGGAUGGCGGUGUGUCUGCUGUUUGUGUUCGCCGCUCUGCUUGAGUACGCCGCCGUCAACUUCGUCUCCCGGCAACACAAGGAGUUCUUCCGUCUGAGGAAGAGGAGGCUGAGGGAGCAGCAGCGGCAGAGCCAGGGCAGUGUUGACGUGAAGGGGAAGACCACCAACCGAGUGAGCAGCAGUGCCUCCCAGGGCACCCUGGCCCAGCCGUGCAGUGUGUGCGCCCGGGAGGAGGAGCUGGCCCAGCAGGGCUUGUUCUUCAACAGCUUCGGCCUCUCCAUGGCGACGGCCGCCGUGCCGGAGAUGGACGCCACGCCGGUCUUCGCCGACCUGCCUCCCGGCCUCGGCUUCUACGAGAUCCGCCGGCGCUUCGUGGACCGCGCCAAGCGCAUCGACACGGUGUCCCGCGCCGCCUUCCCGCUCAGCUUCCUCAUGUUCAACGUCCUGUACUGGCUCACCUACAAGGUGCUGCGGCACGAGGACAUGAUGCUGAAGCACUGA